CCUGGGGGCUGCGGACAGGCGCUGACGCUGUGUCUCCCCGCAGGUGAUGAUGCUGGGCAGCACGCGUGUGGCCGAGCUGCUGCUGCAGCGCGGAGCCGACCCCAACCGGCCCGACCCGAGCACCGGCUGCCUCCCGGCGCACGACGCGGCCCGCGCCGGCUUUCUGGAGACGCUGGUGGCGCUGCACCGGGCCGGGGCGCGCCUCGACCUGCCCGACGGCCGCGGCCACCUCCCCCUCGACGUGGCGGCGGGGGGCCCGCACGGAGCCGUGGGCCGCUACCUGCGCCACCCGCCGCCCCUGCCGCCAGCCGGCAGGGCCGCCCAGGGGGCAGCGCCCUGACCCGCCCUCGGCCGCCCCCGCCGCCCCGCUGAGCCCUCGCCGCCUGCGCCCAUCUCCGCCGCCACCGUCCCCGCCGGCCACUCACCCAGCGAGCCACCGCGUCUGCCGGCGAUACCGCCGCCCGACCCCUGCCAAGACUCUGCCUCUGCCCCGCUGCCCAGGGCUCCUCCGCACGCCACGGCCACCCCGUGUCCUGCUUCUGCCGGAGGACACGUGCUGCUCAACUGCCUGAGAAAAGAAGGAAAGAACCGAAACACUGCCAAGGCGAGCGCUCCUGCUCUCCCUCUCAGGCUCCCUGGUGGGCCGAGCACAGGUAGCAAACGGUUCUCCUGUGCUUCGGGAGUGGCGAGGGGGGCGGAAAAAUCCGCCGUUUGCCCUCUCCGAUUUCUGGCUAUGGGGAAGCUGCUUAGAGAAGUCAGAACGCUGUGUUUCCCUUACCGGCUUGCUCACCGCCCUGCAAGGUUUGACAUUGUAGUCAUCCCUUGAGAUUCUUUUAUGUCCUAGGGCUCUCACAUAGCGAACACUUCAGCCCUCUCCUUUACAAAUGGAAUUAAUCUUCCAAUCUUCUCCUCUCAGCAGUCCACUUCACUUACAGUUUUAAGACUGAGAUAUAACACUGAUGGAUUGUCCAAAUAUUUAACACUGAUAGACAUCACAAUUUAAGAACUACUACAAAUAUGUUGUAGAGUUGCAUUUGGGGAAGCUAUCCAUGU